GAAGCGGGCGGCGGAGCUGGGGGCCGGGAGCCGGGCAGGAUGGACAAGCUCAAGCGGGUUCUGAACGGGCAGGACGCGGAGGAGCAGGGCGGCCUAGGCGAGAUAGUUGAUACAACUUCAUUAAGCUGGGGCACGAGAGUGAAAGGCUUCAUCGCUUGUUUUGCCCUAGGAGUUCUGUGCUCUGUCCUGGGUACUUGCCUGCUAUGGGUGCCAAGGAGAGGACUAGUUCUCUUUGCAGUAUUUUACACUCUGGGGAAUAUUGCAUCCCUUGGAAGCACUUUUUUCCUUAUGGGACCUAUGAGACAAUUGAAAAGAAUGUUUGAGCCUACUCGUUUGAUAGCUACUAUUGUUAUGCUAUUGUGUCUCAUACUAACAUUGUGUUCUGCUUUCUGGUGGCACAACAAGGGGCUUGCUCUCAUCUUCUGCAUUUUGCAAUUUUUUGCCUUGGCAUGGUACAGCAUUUCUUUCAUACCGUUUGCAAGGGAUGCUGUGAAGAAAUGCUUUACUGUUUGUCUGUCAUAACAGGAAUAGAGGUUCUGGGCAGAUGCCCUGAUCUGUUGUCUUACUCUGUGUUGCAGUCCUGUUGGGUCGAGACUGUUGAACAUUCCUCUAACAACAACCUUGCUGCCAUCUUCUAUAUGCACACCAGCUCUCCAGGGGUCCUGGCCACAAGAUAUUACUGAACUAUUCCACUUCCACCAUGAAAGCAAUUCUGGCUUCAGCUCUAUGCUACUAAGGUCCUGAAGCUGCUGUACCACCACCUGAGGUCUAGAUCCUAGGGACUGGAGGGGUGGAGAAGUGCGACUACUGACUUUUCCAACCACAGUAGCCUCCCGCUUUGAGCCAGAAUCUAUACACAACUGUAACCUCUGACUGUCUUGUGGUCUCUAGAUACUGGGAAGUGUGUUGCUGAGCAAGCAGCCUCUCAGGGUUGAAGCAGACUCCCUUAGGCACUGAGAGAGGCAGCAGCAGACACUCAUGAAAUAUCCAUCAGGGGGUGGCAAGUGUAAUCUUGUAGGCUCUGUUCAGUUAGGGUCCCCCUCCCAAAUCAUCUGUGAGUGGAGAGCUUGGGGAAAACUAGGGACAAUUGCCCCAUUCAUAUUGUCUCCUGUUGCUGUUCUUGAAGCUGCUGCUUGACUAGUCAUUUUGUAACUCUGUUAGAAUACCACGUUCCCCCCCUCUUUGGAGAUGAUGAAAUCCCACUUUUUGCAUGAUUUUCAGACAGGUGGACACCAGUCAUUGUCCAGCAAUUGAGUUUUCUCUGGGGAGAUGAUUCUAAUUUGCUUUCAGGCUGCAACAAAGCCUAACUCUGUUUACACACAUACAAAGCCUUGUCCAUCUCUCACAAACGCAUCACAUUUGGUUUGGGCUGUUUGGCUUCCUUUGACUUCUUUGUUAUUUCAGCUGCUUCUGAGCUCUGAUUUCCAGGGAGCUGCCUUUUUUUAAUAUGGCUCCCUGGUUUAUGAUGCCUCCUUAAGGCUGCGUGAUAUAGUGGUUAAAGCAGAAAGCUGGGAGUUUGUUUUUCCUGGCUAGGGCAAGUCACUUAACCUGUGUGCCUCAGUGUAACUGGGAAUUGAGCUACCUCCCAGUCUGUAUCCUGCCAAAGGAUCCUAUCCAGGUUUUUUGUAAGAGUCUUUGCAAUGUUUACAAAAUGCCUCUGUAAGAGGCAAUUAGAAAAUCUAUCCCUUAAUGCCUUGCUCAAGCCCAAGUUUAUUUUAGCACUAGCGUCUCUGUGGGAAUUCUCGGAAAGCUCUAUGUAAGUAGCAUAUGCUUCUUUUCCCCCAAAAAGUGCUGUUAACCAAGUCCAUCAUUGUAGGAGCGUAAGCAAUUAAAUCCUGCCGUGCUGGAUUGCUUGUUCCUGUACUUCAGAUCACUCAUUCCUUGACCUUCACUGCCUUUGUAAAGGGCUAGCACUUGCACUGGAAUGUUGCACCAGAGCACACAGCUUUCUAACCCAAUCAGGAGCACCAGAAUCAAACCUCAGUUUUAUACACUGGAUAGAACUUUUGUGUCUGCAUAUUAGCUACUUAGAACCUUCCUGCUAACUUUUUGGCAGAAUGGUUAAUUUUAUAAAUAGGGAAUUUACGGUUUGGAGCUGUACAGUAAUUUGUUGCCAGCACACAGAUUGUCUGGGUGUCUUAAAUUUCAGAUCCACAAGCUAAUUACAGCUCUUGAGUCAAUAAGUUUAGUAAACUGUAUUUCAUGUAGGGUUGUUGAAUGUCCUUAAUGGAUGGAGGUACGGGAGGCGGACUCAGAACUUUGAAAGAAAGGGGAGGGCAGAGAGAAUGGAGGCAUAAUAACCACUUGAGUGACAAUAGUGUUCAUAUUCUCCUCCGGCAUUGCAAACAUUUUCCAUGAAUGAAUCAUACUCUUGUGGUUGGGGGCUAACUGGGUAGGAAAGACUCCACCCAGACUGUCUCCAGUAUGAGAAACACUCAGGUUUGUGGGUUCACCUCCAAAUGGCUUUGCCUAAUAAAACCACUUCAUUCUACUGAAACAAAGGCUUGUGACUUCUACUUGCUCGUUAACACCUCUGUUCAGAUUGCUGCUAUGUUUGAUUGCAACUGAACACUUGCCUUGUUACUGAAAUAUGUUGCAUUCCCAUAUUUGUGCCUGUAAUUAACCUGUCCUCUUUGUAUGCCUGCGUAUUACAGUAGUCACUGUAUUCUACCUGCCUUGCAUACACACCUCAUCCACUAUGGUAUCAAACAACAUAAUAGUGUAGUUAAUGUGGAAAUAAUGAAACUGGACAGUAGAAUACAUUCCAUGUGAACUCAUUUGCACUGAAAAGGCAGUUAUUUUUGUUGUUAAGCUUCCUUGUGUUUUCUGUUCUGAUGGGUGGUUAUUUAUCGAUGGGUGGGUAGGUAGAUGUCUUAAAGCCACCAGAUUCCUGUAUACAAUUCCUCACAUUCAAAACAUUUCUGCUGAGUGUGUAGUACAUCAAGAACACAUAGAAAAUAGUCUUUCAUUCAUUUAAAAAAAAAAAUCAUGUGUUGGAUCUCAAAGCUUCUUCCCCUUGCCAAGCUCCUUCCUAAUUUUACAGAGCACACAACCACAAGGGCUGAGAUUUUUCAAAGAAGCUUAAGGGGCACCUGGGUACCAAACUCAGUGGGAUUCGAGUAUCUAGCUCCCUUUGGCAGGCUUGAAAGUCUCAGACCAGCUUGUCUUUCAUUUGCUGAAGCUGCAGUACAUGUUAAUGCAAUGCUACUUUAACCAAAAAAGGCCUUAAAAUGCAAUUCUAGCCUGGAAAAUAACUUUUUAAAAAAAGAAACAAACAAACAAAAAAUGCCUGACUUGUCAGAUUUGGUAGGAACAGAAAUUAGAAAAACCUUUUCACCUGUAAAAAAAGCACAUUAGUUCUGGAGUGUCUGGGGCACACUAUAUAUGAAAGCCUAUAUGCAAUUUUUAAUCACUCUUCUGAGUGGAACCUGACUUUAAUGACACAUAAUUAAGUGCACUUUGAAUACUGACACUGCCUGAGGCUUUUUUAGUGAUAACAGCAUUUUAGAAAAAGAAACAAAAUAUCCAAUCUUGUUAAUAAUUUUAUUACUAUUGAAUAUUAAAGACAAGUUGGAUGGGCAAUCUUGAAACCCAAGGAAGUGUGUUUUGUACUCUGCACCAGGUCUUAGAUACAGAAAACAUCUUGUGAAAAUUACUUUUCAAAUUUCACAUGAUGUUGGUAUGGAUAUUCCUGGAGAAUACAGCAAAGCUGCCAGAAUUCUGUGCUGCAUCUUGGGGCAGGUUUCAUUCAGGGAAUUGAAGCUCUGUGCCAAAUUUGUGUAAAUUGGGAGCAGAUUGCGUCUAUUUUAUCUUUAAUGCAGAUGUGUGACCUGCUGUUCCCAGCAUGCAGUUUACUAUGGUCCACAUUUUUCUAUUAAAAAUGGUGGCCACAAACUGCAUUGUAGAACGCUGGGGGGAAACUCAUUUGGCCAGCCUUCGUUUACCAAGAGAUGACACUUUCUUGUAUGUGAUUGCAAUCUGUCAUUUUAACCAGUUUAAUUUCUAAAAAUAGUUUGCAAUCAGUUCAGUUGCCUUAUUUUCAUCGUGUUAAUGCCUCCUUUUCAAGAUCAACACCAUUGGUAUCUGUAAUAUUCUUGUUAUAGGUUCUAAAAACUAUUCAGUAAAAAAAACCAUGUUUUUGUCCUAAAUGCAAAUGCAUACAUGUUAAGACCAUAGUAAAUCUUAACCAGAUUGUGAAGGGAAGCACAGCCGCUAAAUAUGGGGCUAUUCCAUUUUUAAAAUCUCGUGCCGAGCUUUGAAAUGUAAUGUGAUUUUUUUAAAAAUAGCUUUAUCAACUGAGGGAGUUUUGUAAAACAAACAAACAUUUUGUGAAAUUCUCCACUACAAUAACUGUUUUGUAUUAUAAGCUGCUUUUGGACCUUUUAUAUAUAUCCUGGUUGCUUUGUCUGACUUCGUAAUUGUUCAGUAAACGUUUUUUAACUUAUUGCAAAAAAAAUUCUGUAAUGAAGCUAGAUCCUAAGACAUGUGAACAUCAUUGUUUUUCAAUAAAGUUGACACUGCAGUAAA